CAACCAACUUCAAGAUCAACUAAAUGCCUCAGGUCCGCUGGAAAACGAGGUUCUGUUAUGUAGUCCGGACUUUAACUAUGACCUCUCCUUAUUUCAUGCAGAGCAGACCUGUUAUCACUCGGAGCGGUGAUCAAAAUGCAGCCUCUCUCAGGUCCAAACUCACCACCAGACGUAGGAAUCAGGGUCCAGGUUCCUCUGUGGAGGUGAAGGUAGAGCCGGAGGAGGCGAGGAUCUCGGAGCAAAGACCCUCCUCGGCCCCCUUAUCCACGGAAACAGACGCCUUGCCGUUGUCUUCACACAGCCGCAGAAGGAAACAGCUCAAAGUGGAAUAUGAUGAAGAUGAAGGUGUACAGCCGGUGAAGACAGAACACUGGGAACCUCCCGACUGGAAGAAACAAUUGGGAUACAUCCGUGAGAUGAGGAGCAGCCGGGAUGCACCUGUAGAUAACAUGGGGGCAGAGAAAACCUACGACUCAGACGCUACUGCUCAUGUCAGACGUUUCCAGGUGUUGGUUUCACUCAUGCUGUCCAGUCAGACCAAGGACCAGGUGACCGCAGCAGCCAUGAAGAGGCUCCGAGCUCACGGCUGCACUGCAGAAAGUAUUCUUAAUACUGAUGAUGAAGCACUGGGGAAACUCAUCUACCCUGUGGGCUUCUGGAGGACUAAGGUGAAGUAUCUGAAGCUGACAUCGGCCAUUCUGCAGAAAGAGUUUGGAGGGGACAUCCCAGACAGCGUGCAGGGGCUGGUCCGCCUAACAGGAGUCGGACCUAAGAUGGCUCAUCUGGCUAUGGACAUCGCAUGGGACCAGGUGUCCGGCAUCGGCGUGGACACACACGUGCAUCGUAUCUCUAAUAGGCUGGGCUGGCUGAAGAAACCGACCAAGAGCCCGGAGCAAACGCGCAAGGCCCUGGAGGAGUGGUUACCAAGGGAGCUGUGGAGUGAGAUCAACUGGCUGCUGGUGGGUUUCGGGCAGCAGGUGUGCCUCCCCGUCAGGCCUCUCUGCUCCGUGUGUCUGAACCAGCACAGCUGUCCCUCCGCCCACAAAAUCUCUCCUACAAAAAGGCCUAAAGCUGCUUCCCCCUGCUCCCCUGAUCCAACCUCUGCCUCCACAGUAAAGACUGAACCUGGACAAGAAUCAGAUGUUAAACAUGAGAGGUUAAAGAAGGAGCCACUGCCCACACCUGUUUCCCCAAACGCACCGAAACGGAAGAUAAAAACCAAGGUUAAAUAUUGAUUUAGUCUUGUCUGAGCUGUGACCAAAUAUUGGACCAGAAAGAUCAAACUUAAACACAGACACACUGAGAACAUUGAUGUGGAUAUCAGAAUGUACGAGUUUAAUAUGACACUACAACUACUUCAAAGAGAUAAACUAUUUUUCUACUGCUGGUGCUACUUUAUUAUUAUAAAAAAUAAAUAAAUGAUGUACUGAAAUCAUG